CAAGUGACUUGACCAGGGUCACACAGCUGGGAAUUAUCUAAGGCCAGAUUUGAACCUAGGACCUCCCGUCUCUAGGCCUGGUUCUCAAUCUACUGAGCUACCCAGCUGCCCCUUAUUUUUAAUUCUAAAAUAGAAGGUAAGGGUGAAAAAAAUGAAACCCCCUACUUAGACACCAUUAUAUUUCACCACUGCUCUUCACUGGCCCCCUCAUUUUAGAUGUCUUUCAGCACCAGGAAUUGGGCUCAUCCUCCCAAGUGGACCCAAGAGCUCUGAAGUAAUUGUUGGGCCUCCUUUCAGUGUGUAGGAGAGCAGCUAUGGUGGACCCAGGACCUUCCAAGGCCAUCUCCAAGCUCAGGCAAUCCUUCUCGCAUGUUCACUCCUGAAGCCCAGGCUCAAACUUCCCUUGGGAAGCCCCUGCUCUAGCUGCCCCUGGACCUGAGAAUAGUUGCUUUCUAGCUCCCGAGGUGCCUCAGAUUUACAUGAUGCCACCUGGACUAUUGAGGGAAGACAAAGGCAAGGACGGAGCCUCCCUUGAUAUGGGGUCUCCUCCAAGGAAUUGAUUGAUGGCUCAAACUGACUCUAUGUGGAGGGAACAAGUUUUCUUAUAGGGGGAUACAGUAACAGAGUAGCUAGUAUAGUAAGUAAGUAAUUCAAAGGAAGGGAAUGAGGGAAGGGGGUCAGGUAAGGGAAGGGAAGAGUAAAAGUAAGGGAAUGCUUGAUUAGACUAGGGAAGGGGUCAUUUGUUUGGACAGUGGUUGCUCCAUAUCUCUAGGGAACUGAUGUCACUUUACCCAUGAUCCACUUUGGUCUAUGUGGCUUUACCCAUGGUUCACUCUGUUUGCCUACUUGGUGGGGGCCCUGUGAGCAAAGUGCAAUGUAAAUGAGAUGCUAACGAUAUGUAAAAUACCCUGGUCUUUUCUGCUCCAACUUUUUUUUUUUAACCUUUUCUUUCUGUCUUAGAAUCAAUACUAUGUAUUGGUUCUAAGGAAGAAGAGCGGUAAGGUUUAGGCAAUGAAGGUCAAGUGACUGAGCCACACAGCUGCUCCCCUGAACAAACUCUAAAGAAAGCAGUGAGAUUGUUUGAACCUAGUCCCAGGUGCCUGGGAAACUGAACCACCUAUACAUGCUGUUAAUUAUCCCCAAAUACUGAACUGGUAUGUGUGGUGGGAUGGAAGUGGAUGGGGAAAGCUUUGCUAGCUCUGGUUAUAUGAGCUGUUCUUCUUAUUAUCAUCAUUAUUGUUGUUGCUAAGAGGAAGGUAGUAGGAGGUAGGCAGCUGGAUAGCUUAGUGGAUAGAGAGCCAGUCCUUGAGACAGGAGGUUCUGAGUUCAAAUCUAGUCUCAAACCCUUCCUAGCUGUGUGACCCUGGGCAAGUCACUUAACCCCCAUUGCCUCGCCCUUACCACACUUCUGCCUUGAAACCAAUACAUAGUAUUGAUUCCAAGAUGAAAGGUAGUUUUUUUUUUAAAGAAAGGUCUUGGGACAUGAGCUAGAAACAGCUCAUGGGAACUUAAUGUGUUGUUCCCAAUCCUAACUCACUCGGAGACUUUUUGCUUUAAACCUUUAUCUUCUGUCUUAGAAUUGAUGCUAAGUAUUACAGUGUCUCCCUUCUGUUAACUAUUUCCUACUUACCCUACAUAUAGCUUGUUUGUUCAUAUUAGUUUCUGGAGAAAGAAAUGGCAAACCGCUCUAGUAACUUUGCCAAGAAAACCUCACAGGAGGUCCAGAGUCAGAUACAACUGACCAACACCGAAUUAUAUUUGCCUGCUUUUGUUUUCUUCAUUCAGUUGCAAGCUCUUUGCGAGCAUAGUGCCUGGCAUAUUCGAAGAGUGUGAUAAAUGCUUGUAGACUGACUAACUAGUCUAACUCAUAGCUAAAGCACAGUCCUGCUCAACCACCUCCCCGACAAGUUUCUGCUUCCCCCAUCCCUGAAGAGGAACCAUUAUUUAGGCCUUCGUCCCUCUGAGAUUAUCUUGCAUUUAUACUGCUUAUGUCUCUCUCUCUCUUUUUUAAAAACACUUACCUUUGGUCUUAGAAUCAAUACUGUAGUGAUAAAAGCUAGGGAAUUGGAGUUAAGUGAGUUGACCAGGGUCACACAGCUAGGAAGUAUCUGAACCUCCUCCCUCUGAGUCUGGCUCUCUAUCCACUGAACCACCUGGCUGCCAUACUGCUUCUGUCUUAUUUGCUUAUAUAUACAUAGUUACUUGUUAGCUAUGAGCUCCUCGAGGUCAGGGAUUAUUUUUGUUUUCCUUUGUAUCCCCAGAGGUUAUCCCUGGGCCUGGCACAUAGUAGGCACUUAAUAGAUAUUUGUUGAUUUAUUCUCCAGUAAAGCCCAUCUAAUUCCUGGAUAGCUCUGGUUCUUCCUUAGAAUGGGCUGGAAUUUCCUCCAAGGUAACCUAUUUUCCUCCACAGCCUCUAGUUUGCUCUUCAAGGGUUAAUCUGAACAAGUCCAGUCACCCACAGGCAAGGAAAAUUUUUUCUGGAGGUCAAGAGCUCCUUCCGAAUGAAUGUCUUGAGCAAAUGUAUUUAAAAUAAUGUAGACUGAAGGCAAGGGUGGGGCAAGCCUUAAAUGCCUGGACAGGGGAAGGAUGGGACUGGGCAUGUUGAAAUCUACUGCUCUGCCUGGAAAGAAGGCGGGCUAGAUGCCAUCCAGAGAAGACAACCCAGAAGUCCUGGUGGUAGAGUGUGGCCAGCAGCUUCCAGAGCAAUGCGAACCAACCAACUUGUGAAAUAUAUCUUGUUUAUUUCUUGUUACCUCUUCUGGGUGGCCAGUGGUUUAAUGAUUGCUGUGGGUAUAUAUGCAAAGCUCUCCAAAGAAUCAGGCGCGGUGGAGUCCCUGCUGGCAGAGCCCUCCCUCCUCGUCCUCGCGGUGGGGGUCCUCACGUUCGUUAUCACCUUUUUGGGCUGCACUGGAGCCCUCAGGGACAUUCCGUUGCUGCUGAAAAUGUUUGCUGUGUUGUUGCUGCUGAUCUUCGUGGUCCAGAUCGUGGCUGUAGGAGUGGCCUUUCUCUUCUCUGGCCUGGUGAUGGAUAAGGCUGCAUUUCUCAUGGGAAAAGCCAUAGUGAGUUACCGGGAUGACUUGGAUUUACAAAAUCUCAUUGACUAUAUACAGAAGAAGUUUGAGUGCUGUGGGGUCCAUUCCUACAAAGAUUGGUCCCAGAAUGAAUAUUUUGAUUGCAGCAUUUCCAAUCCAAGCUUGGAAUGUUGUGCUGUUCCUUUCUCCUGCUGUAUCCCAGAGGAGGAGCAGAACGUUCUUAACACCAUGUGUGGCUAUGGGACCCAGAACCUGAAAGUGUGGAAGGCAGAAAGUCUGAUCCACACAGGAGGCUGUUUGGAGAAGAUUGUCACCUGGGGACGCAGUAACCUGCAUCUGAUUGCCGGACUGGCGCUGGGCUUUUUGGCGAUGGAGGUUGUUGUCUUCUCUUUGGCUGUGAUACUCACUUACCAAAUCAGCUUUAUAAUUCAGAAGAGAACCAGCAGAAAGAGAGAGUCAUAGAAAGAUAAUUGGGCCAGAAAUAGAAGAACUCUGGUCUAGCUUCUGCCCUUGCUAGGGAGGAACGUUAAUGAAGAACGUGAGAGGCAAUGGAUCAAAGAGAAACUCUUUAGCUCAAGUCACCCCAGAGAGAAAGCUGAGGAGUCAUCUCGUUAGGACCACUGCCUAGCUGAGUGAGUCACUGACAUCUGGAAUUCAAGAUGCUCCUCAAAGCCAGUCGUCAUUCAUCUUGAGGGAAAAGAAUUAAGAGGGAGGAAAUUUGGGUUUGAGUCGUGGGUCUGCCACUAACUUAUAAAUCAUGUCCCCUCUCUGGGUCUCAGCCUUUUUUUAAAAUUCAAUUUUAUUUUAUUUUAUUUUAUUUUUCUCAUUCCUCAUACUCUUCUUUACCCCUUUAUUCUCCACAGCCAGAAGGCAAGAAAAAGGUAAACUAUUACAAAUUGGUAUAGUCAGAUAAAACAAACGCAUUAUAGGCCUCUGUUUUUCCAUAUUUAAAAUAAAUGCAUCAGACCAGCUCUCUAAAGUUUUAUUGUGGCUUUAAUAGUCAAUUUUUUAGAUUUAUAUAGGUCUCUUUCAGUUUUCACAUGUUAUACUUUAUGGUCUAAAGGCCCCUUUUGUGCUAAUAUUCUGUAUUCUGUGUUUAGGUCCCUCCCAGAUCUGACUUUCAAAGUUCUUGGGUUCCGUCCUGACAUUAUAGGAUUAAAUUUAAAAAAAUU